AUGGCUGUCUCAAUCGAGGAGCUCGACACCACGGUUCGCGCCUUUUACGAGAGCCGUGGAGAGCAGCAAAAGGCUGCCCAAGCAGUCCUGAACCAGUUCAAAGAGGACCCCGAUGCAUGGCUCAUGGUGGACAAGAUCCUAUCCGACGCUCAAUAUCCCCAGACAAAGUACUUGGGUCUGCAGGUCCUCGACAAUGUCAUCUCGACAAGAUGGAAGGUUUUGCCAAGAGAUCAGUGCCAAGGCAUUCGAAACUUCAUCGUUCAGUUCAUCAUCCAGUGCUCCAACUCAGAAGAGGCGUUGCAAAGCAACAAGACCUUGCUCAACAAGCUCAACAUCGUUCUCAUCUCCGUUCUCAAGCAGGAGUGGCCCCAUAACUGGCCCACCUUCAUCAACGAGAUCAUCUCGUCCUGCCACGCGAACCUCUCCAUUUGCGAAAACAACAUGAUCAUCCUGCGUUUGCUGUCCGAGGAAGUCUUCGACUACUCCGCCGAGCAGAUGACGUCCACCAAGACGAGAAACCUGAAGCAGACCAUGUGUGCCGAGUUCUCCCAAAUCUUUCAGCUCUGCCAGGAGGUCCUCACGACCGCCGAGCAGCCCAGCUUGGUCAAGGCCACGCUCGAAACCCUGCUGCGAUUCUGCAACUGGAUCCCCCUCGGUUACAUCUUCGAGACGCCGCUGAUAGAGACCCUGCGAACUCGCUUCCUGCGCGUGGCCGAGUUCCGGAACAUCACCCUCCAGUGCCUGACCGAGAUUGGUGGCCUUCAGACCGGAGGCGCCGGUCAGACCGGCUCGUACGAUGAGCAGCUGAUCAAGAUGUUCACCGAGGUGCUCACGACCAUUGCUGACAUCAUUCCCGUCUCGCUUGAUCUGAAGACGACAUACCCCAGCAGCAACUCGAAGGACCAGGAGUUCGUCCAGAACCUCGCCCUCUUCCUCUGCAACUUCUUUGGAUCCCACCUUAACCUCAUCGAAAACCUCCCGAACCGAGACUAUCUCCUUCACGGACACUACUACCUCAUCAGAAUAUCCCAGAUCGACGAUCGCGAAAUCUUCAAGAUCUGCCUCGACUACUGGCUCAAGCUGGUCCAGGAACUCUACGAAGAGAUGCAGCAGCUGCCCAUAACCGAUCUGAACCCCCUCAUGGCUGUCGGCGGCGGCAUGUCGGGCAGCGGCGCCCCGAACCCUACGCUCCUCAUGAAUUAUCCCCUCCGCAAGCACAAGUACAACGAGGUUCUGUCGAACCUGCGCGUCGUCAUGAUCGAGCGAAUGGUUCGGCCCGAGGAAGUCUUGAUCGUCGAAAACGACGAGGGAGAGAUCGUUCGCGAGUUCGUCAAGGAAAGCGACACGGUUCAACUGUACAAGACCAUCCGCGAAUGCCUGGUCUACCUCACCCACCUUGACGUCGUCGACACCGAAAACAUCAUGACGGAGAAGCUUGCCCGACAGGUGGACGGCUCCGAGUGGUCGUGGCACAACUGCAACGUCCUCUGCUGGGCCAUCGGCUCCAUCUCGCUGGCGAUGAAUGAAGAGACGGAAAAGCGAUUCCUCGUCACCGUCAUUAAGGAUCUUCUCGGCCUCACCGAGAUGAAACGAGGCAAGGACAACAAGGCGGUCGUUGCUAGCAACAUCAUGUACAUUGUCGGCCAGUAUCCCCGCUUCCUCAAGGCCCACUGGAAGUUCCUCAAGACGGUUGUGAAUAAGCUCUUCGAGUUCAUGCACGAGUCUCACGAAGGUGUGCAGGACAUGGCCUGCGACACUUUCAUCAAGAUCGCUCGCCAAUGCCGGCGCCACUUUGUCGCGCUCCAGCCUAGUGAGCAGGAGCCGUUCAUCGAGGAAAUCGUCCGCAACAUGGGAAAGAUCACCUGUGAUCUCACACCCCAGCAGGUGCACACCUUUUACGAAGCCUGCGGCUACAUGGUUGCCGCCCAGGGAAACAAGCAUCAGCAAGAGCGGCUGCUCGCCGACCUGAUGAACAUCCCCAACGCUGCCUGGGAUGAAAUCAUCAAGCAGGCGACCGUCAACCCGUCCAUUCUGCAAGACUCGGAGACCAUCAAAGUCAUCGGCAAUAUCAUGAAGACCAACGUGUCGGCCUGCACCUCGGUCGGAUCGUAUUUCUACCCCCAGAUUGGCCGCAUUUAUCACGACAUGCUUCAGAUGUAUCGAGCCACGAGCACGCUGAUCUCCGAAGCCGUCGGCAGAGAUGGCGAGCUGGCGACGAAGAUGCCCAAGGUCCGAGGCCUGCGCACCAUCAAGAAGGAGAUCUUGAAGCUCAUCGAGACCUACGUCGAAAAAGCCGAGGACUUGGCUGCCGUUCGCGCCCAGAUGGUUCCUCCGCUCCUGGACUCGGUCCUGGUUGACUACAACCGAAACGUGCCGGGCGCGCGCGAUGCCGAAGUCUUGAAGGCCAUGUCUACCAUCAUCACCAAGCUCUCCGCUUUGAUGGAGGAUCAGGUCCCCACCAUCAUGGAGAAUGUCUUCGAGUGCACGCUCGACAUGAUCAACAAGGACUUCUCCGAGUUUCCCGAGCAUCGCGUUGAGUUCUUCAACCUGUUGCGGGCCAUCAAUCUCCACUGCUUCCCAGCCCUCUUGAAGCUCGAUAACAACCAGUUCAAGUUUGUCAUCGAUUCGUGCUCGUGGGCUUUCAAGCACGAUAACCGCGAUGUCGAGGCGGCCGGAUUGAACAUGUGCUUGGAGCUCAUCAACAACGUUGCCGACAAGACGGAUGUCGCUACCGCCAAUGCCUUUUUCCAACGCUUCUUUACCACCAUCCUGCAGGAUGUCCUCUUUGUGGUGACGGACAGUGACCACAAGGCUGGCUUCAAGACGCAGUCGAUGCUUUUGAUGAAGCUGUUCUAUUUCAUUCAUCCUGCGGACGGCAUGCAACCCAAGAUCCAAGGGCCGAUUUAUAUGCCAGAUCAAGCACAGGCUGGAACGAGCAACAAGGAAUUCCUCGGAAACUCUGUCGCGACGCUGCUCCGCAACGCUUUCCCCAACUUGCAGCCGACGCAAGUUAGCAGCUUCGUCGAGGGCCUGUUUAAUUUCAACACCCAGUACGACAAGUUCCGACUGAACCUUCGGGAUUUCUUGAUCUCUCUCAAGGAAUUUGCCGGCGACAACGCCGAGCUUUUCAUCGUGGAAAAGGAGCAGCAGGAGCUUGAUGCCAAAACUGCCGACAUGGAGCGACGGCAAAAGGUUGGCGGUCUCCUCAAGCCAUCCGAGCUGGACGACGACGAAUUGUGA